CGCUAUGCUCCAUUCGUGAAGGUGGAGAACCGCGACCUAUUUACGGAGGUCUUUACACGGUUGGAGGACACGACGAAGGAUACUUUUUCCCUACAUGGGUGGCAGCAUAAUCUACGGAUUGAGCUUCCGCCUUCACCAUAGGCGUUAUAUAUUUUCGAAUGUCUGAUAUGUAAUUCGUCUUUUUUAGCACUCCAGAUUCUUAAGACUUUUUGAAUGGUUAUGUAUAUCUUAGCUAUGCAGAGGCCAAGUAUAAUUGCUUUCUAUAAGUAAUAAAGCCUAUUAUAAAAAAAACAUACGUAGGGUAGUUGGCAGAUGCAGAACACCUCGUUCACACAUAAGCUGACCAUAUCGAUCAUCCCACAGUUACACACAAACACAUCAUCUGCCAUCCGUCCUAUACGAAGAGAAUGUGGUGACAAGACGCCGUUGCACUAAUUAUUUGUAAGUCGCCUAUCUACUUGCUUCUUCGUCGCACUCCCACUUCCUCUUCUUCUUGUGUUUCAUCAUUACACUCUUCCUUGCCCAGAGAGUGUAAGAUGAUGCUAUCCGCGUGCCUGCAAGAAGAAAAAAGGCUGCGGCCGUACGACGAGCGUGAUCCUACGGCGCACGGAGGCCCAGUUCUGCUGCCACGGCCGGCCGGCUCUGCGGCGCCUCCCUCUGCGCCGCCGGAAAUGCCAUUGUCAUCAUCGACGGGGUCGGAGAGGAGCGUAACGGAGGCGAGGGCUCUGAAGAUCCACAGCGAGGCCGAGCGCCGGCGCCGCGAGAGGAUCAACGCUCACCUGGCCGCGCUCAGGAGAAUGAUCCCUGACACCAAGCAGAUGGACAAGGCCACCCUGUUAGCCAGAGUGGUGGACCAGGUGAAGCACCUGAAGAGGAGAGCAAGUGAAGCCACCCAGCUUACAACACCCAUCCCGCUGGACACCGACGAGGUCUCCGUCGAAUGCCUUGUCGCCUCCGACGGCUCCGACAUCGGCAUGUACAUCGAGGCCUCGGUGAGCUGCGACGACCGGCCGGACCUGCUCGCUGGCCUCGGCCGGGCGGCCCACGGUUUGGGGCUGAGGACGGUGAGAGCGGAGCUGACUUCACUUGGAGGUAGGGUGCGGCAUGUCUUCGUGCUGUGCAGGGAGGAGGAAGGCAGUGCAGGCUGUGAUGGACUCAGGGCUCUGAAGGAGGCGUUGUGGCAGGCCCUGGCCAAGGUCGCUUCUCCGGACAUGGUGUAUGGCAGCAGCAGCAUUACCAGUAGUCCACCAUUAGGAUUGCAGAGCAAGAGACCUAGGAUUCUCGAAUCACAUUGCUCCAUCUUGUCCAUGUAGAUGAUGGUUACUUCUGGCAUUUCUGGAUCGCCACAUAUUGUGCAAGAUUUGAGGUGUGAAACUGCAGUUGGUGCUGUGAGCUAGGUGCAGUUCACUGUAUCUUCCUGGCACAGGGUUUUACACUGUGUGUGCACUGUAGCAUGACUGUACAUGCAGAUCGCUCGAGAUCUUCUGACGCAGAGUCACACGUAGUUUGAAAUUUAAGUGGUUGCUUGAAUAAACGGAUAUGUAAGGCCUCUUAAUUGAUGAAAAAAUAAUGGUU